CCAAUCCAUGGGCUUUCAAAAGUGGGCUAGAUACAGAGACGUCUGGAGGAAUGUCUAAGGACAGGCGCAUCGGCACUCUUGGCGCAGAUGCCUUCGCAGUUUUACCCCAAAACCCACCCACGCUGUCAGAUCGACCAGAGUUCGCCCAAGCGGCAUGCAUUGAGGCCCAAGCACCAGCGAGCACUCCUUACAACCCCAACCUCGGUCCAAUUCUUCAGGGUCACUGGAGCGAACUGUCAGACUCACCGGAUUUCCCUGUUCGUAAGGAGCAGGUGUCAGAUACGUGCGCAGAGGGUUCAUUUUGCUUCAUAUUCGUUUAUCGCACAUGUACCAGCAUGGGACAUAAUAACCAGCCCAAUUGAUGCUCAGCCUUACGAUACUCGGAGUCCGACAUGGACCCAGGCUUUCGGCUUUGCUCCGCCAUUGGACGACACUGUCAGACGCCUGAAUAUCGAUCACCCUCUCAGUCAGCGGGGCUUGUACAAUGGCACACCGAAAACAGGCAUAAGGUACCGUGUAACAGUCGCGGUGGUCUGGUGCGAACAUCCAACGCCCAGCAAUCGCAGCCCGGCGGUCUGCAAGUCCAAUUCCGUCGCCAGCCUCAGUCCGUCUGAGGACUGUAGAACGUAUUCUACUCGAGUCUAGUCUCUCCAAGCCAUGCCUCGCAAAACACAGCCCGCAGCUCGAUACCGUACCCAACUCCUAGCAAGGUCCGGGGCAUGACGGCUGGGUUCGGAUCUGUCACAGCUCUCCGCUUAUCGGUAGAUCUUUUGGGGUUUGCUGAAGGAAGGAUACGGUUAGUGAUCCGACAGGGUCUCGGUGGCCGUC